CGUAGUCCGAACAGGAUCGAAUAGUUGCCGCUAUUAAUUACAAAAUUACGGGGCCCCAUAUCGUUUUCGAUAAGGUUUAUAUGGGAACCCGCUUCCCCGAUAACGAAUGCAAUGCAACCCUGGUGAAAGGCCCCCAAUCCUGCAUAACCGGCUCAGAAAUGCGAUUGAAGAAUGGACAUGUUGGUUUUAACUAUCGAACCUACUGCCGUUCGAGCGACGCCUCUAUCUUUGUGUGGUGGAAUCUGAAGAUCUACAGGGAUACCUUCAGCUCGCUGGACGGAAACGAAGAAUAUGCGAUUCGAUCGCUUUGUCCAUUGCUAAUCUCUGGGUCUCGGUUAGCAGGACUAUCUCUCUCAUGGAACUUUACUCCGUAUAUUAUGCACUACCGCUUUGCUCGAGCAAACAGGGGUUGUGUCAUAUCAGGCUAGGUCCAAGCCGACAAAGAUGAGUUCGAGACCCUUCUUAGGAUAUGCAAUAAGCAUCCUAGGGAGAGUUCCGCAUCUCAGCUAUUUGGUUUUGUCUGUCAACGUGGAUCCUAGAUGGCUGGUCAUUUGCUUCUUUGGGGUAAAAUUUAGCGAUUUUUGUUUGGAACGUUGUCCGUUUGGAGUCAGAUAAUAUGGCUUGAGGUUGCCUAGUUACCCUCUUCAACCUAGAAAGCAGAAGAAGUCCACUGCUCUUCCCUCGGUGGCACGCUAAAAAUGCUUGGACCACCAAAAGAAUCACCGCUCUCAUGCUAGUACCGCUGGAUGACGCGCGGAAUAGACUCCAAAGAAGAUCCCCCAUGAACAUAUAUUUAGAUAUGUUUGACUAGCUUUCUGAAAUUCGGCUGCGCCAACAUCUCCAUUGGCUGGGUGGAACACUCUGCUCACGAUUGCUACCUUUUGUGCAUUUUCCACUCUAUGGCAACUUCAUACAAUCACCACUAGUCCCACAGCGGCAUAGGAUAGGAUUUAUUCGUGCCGCAUGCAGAUGAGCCAAACAGCCAACGAAAAAAAGUCAUGAUAACGAGCUUAUGAUACCCUCCUCCUUGCACGGGCCACCCCUCCUUCCUUGCCUGGGUAGAAACGCUUACCACUGGUAAAACUACGGCUCUAUGGGUCAGGGCUUACCCAUCCAUAAUGCAUUGAUUGUCCAUGGCCAGCUCCCGUUCUAUCAUCGGGCUCCUUAUGCCAUCCAUACCGCAACUGUUAUGUUUCCGAAAUUAUCCACGUUCUUUGAGGUAUAUUGGCAUGGGAGCAGACAGCUGAUUGUUUAUUCAUCCCAUUUUAUUUCUCAAAUUACUUUUCUGUCUUUUAUGCUCAAGAUGGGGACCAAAUUGGUAGAUUCCAACCAGGGCGUCUAUAACAUCAAUCGGCUUCCCAUCGGCAGUCUACGACGAACUUAACAUCAUAAGGAUACUCUCAGCGAGAGAAUGACGCGAUUCGCACUAGCAUCACCCCACAGAAUGUCCAAUAUUUCCAAUUAAUUGGAACAUUCCGUGUGAAUUACGGAUCGUCGUAUUCUUAGCCUCGAUAGCACAUCCCGUACAACUCUUUGUGGAAUUUAGGGUCUGUACCGUUUUUCUUUGAUAAGUGAAGGAUGGGCUGGGAUUGGCUUAUACACCGUGAUCCAUGAAAAUAAGAAAUACGCUGUAAGGCAAAGCAAGUUUAUA